AAUAGAAAAGGGUUGGCCAAAAGCCGAAAUCAUUCCAUGGCGACACAUUGUUGGAAUAAUGAAAUCUUUUUGAGCGUUCAGCUUUCAUAAUGCUCCCUCUUCAAAGUCCAGCUCCCAUUUGGUGUCCCUGUAUACGACGGUUGCCAAGGCAACGCGACGAAAUAAUCAACACAAGAACAGUCAUUGUUUUGCUUCCCAUGCGGAGUCCUUCAAAUGUCGAAAAAUCAACUCUGGCUGGACGCUUUUCACAGUUCUUCACUAAAUUUGAAAGCCGAAUGCGGCGUAGUGCUACUAGCGGUGGACGACUUGGCCAAAGAUGGAACCAAUCGUCUUUUGGCGCUCUUGGUGGGCUACGAGUUCAGCUAUCUCAAGAUACUCAACGGAACCGACUUGCAGUGUGAAAUCAGCUUGCCUGAAAUGGCUGUCGCUCUCUGCACGUUCAGUAUGGAUGGAUCACUUCCAGGUAUUGCUGUCGGUGCUGGAUCAUCCUUGUACAUCUACAAAAAUUUCAAACCUUAUUACAAAUACAACAUACCAAACGGUGGCCCCACUAAUACCGAACAGGCUGAAAUUACUCAACUAGCCGCCUUAUCACGCUCAACUCCGGACGUUUCUUCUUCAUCGCUACUGUUGGUAGGCACCGAACAUAAUUCCCUGCUGAUCAUCGAUCCGCACACCUUCAACGCAAUUAGCAGAAUCGAACUUCCGGGUGUACCCACUUCCAUCAAAUGCAGUGGGUUUUAUGACGUGGAAGCUGUUAUUUUGAUCACUACCCCAGACGGAGGCGUCUACAUAUUGCGAUCCGAUCAAAAGCCCAUGGAGGCCAAACCUUUUAUGUCUCCAAGAUCGUCAAUAGUGGAAGUGGCUUUCAACGGCGUCACCAUUGCCGUUGCAACUAGCGACCGUACGAUUAAACAUUACACUGUGCAGGGACAAGAAUUGCGGAAAAUUGUUGUCGACGAUUUUAUUUUGGCCAUCACUUGGAUUGAAAUGGCAAAUCAGGAAAUUUCUUUGCUGGCCGUUUCACUAGCCAACGGAGAAGUUCAGUUCUACCGUCAAAGCAUCCUGAUUGAAAAGUUGCGCUUCAACACGGGUAUUAUCUCGAUGACGUGCGGACGAUUUGGAAGAGAAGACGGUGUUCUAGUCAUGGUAUCAAAAGAUGGAGAUCUCAUUGUGAAAAUUCUGAAUCGCGGAUACAAAACGAACAAACCGAUUUCAACUGAUUUAAAUGCAACUAAGGCAGCAACAUCUAAUAGUACCAAGAAGAAAUCCCUUUGGCCAGCCAAGACAAAGUUGUUUGUCGAUCAAACAAUGAGGGAAAAAGAAGACCCCAAAAAAAUGUAUCGCCAGUUUCAAGAAGGAAUAUGCCGGUUACAUCUUCGAGCUCUACAAGAAUGGAUGAAUGUGUCGUCGAAUACCGUAGAUAAAACGGAUGUAGGACCGCUGGAUUCGGUGCCGGACGAAAAACGCUGCGUCCAUCUUGUAGCGAAAUUACUGGGCUCUGGAUCUAGGUUCAUGUUACACCUUCUCCUGCAGAAUAUAAGCGAGACAGUUAUCGACAACUUAACAGUUAUGCUCCAAGUAACCGACGGCAAACUGUCGUUGGAGCGCUCGUGCGUGAAACUGGCAAUGCUUCUGCCCAACACUCAAAAUUGGAUCAAAAUUAGUGUCCGAGACCCAAUGAGCCAAGGCGGUCAAGUGAUUGUGAUGGUAACGAAAGACACGGAGCCGGAUUCCGAAUCAACUAUUCGCGGAUUUUUAGUUUCUUCGGCUAAAAUAUAUAUUUCUCCAACAAUAUAAAUAUCUGCAAAAUGUAUAGUAAUAGUAACGGAAUGGCUCUUCCGUUCUUAUAUGAUAACAUAUACUGUAUGUUUGAGAGAAGCUUGUAUAACUAUCGUAACUAUUGAUAUUCCAAAGAUAAACGGUUCGCCAUAUUACCGGUUGAUGGACAGCACAUUAGCACACAGUACACUGCGAUAAGCCCUGUAAAUUCUUAACUAAGGCAGCAGUGGAGUCAUUCUUGGAUGUCUAGAUCUAAAGAGUAUCCUCUUGCAAAAAAUAAUGUGGAAGCUUUUAGGCGCUUUGUACUAGGCUCUAUUAGGAGUAGCUAUUAGCUUUUACGCAAAGAAAAGAAGGGAUUGACUCAGUGAUUCUUUAGCAAGCUUCUUUACGACUGUACUGAUUGUCAAUAUUUAAUGUCGACUCCUAAAGAGAAUGACGCAGAUCUUCACAUGUCGUUUAUUACGGAAGUUAAAUUUUGAAUUGUUUACUUUGCGGAGUCAGGAAUGCUUUUGAGAGUUUAAACCUCGAACCUCCCCGAAAUGAAAAAUUUACGUUACUGGCUAUGUCUAUGUGGCUAAUCCAAAUGAAUAAAUGAUCUCAUGUAUC